ACCCAAAAUGUAGAUUUUUGUCUGAGCAGACCCUUCCUUGGUGUCUCGUUUUUGUUUUGAGUUUUGUUUUUCCCCCUAUUAUCUCUGUUAAACUAAUAUUAUUAGUGUGCAACAAGUGUAUUGUUUCUCUCUUCAUUGUGCAAUGGAUUUGAUGUUUCCACUGAAACCCCAGAGGGUUAUUCUGAAGGCACCCUCUUCAUCUCUCUUCUUUCCUCUUCCUCUGAGGUUUCACUCUUUUCGCCCCCUCUCCGCUUUCAAGAAUGCCAAUAUUCAAUGCGAGCUUGAAAACAAACUCAAUGGUUCUCUUUCGGGAGACUUUGACCCUCGCUUCCUCGACAGGCAAAAAGCAUUGGAAGCAGCGAUGAAUGAUAUAAACAACUCUUUUGGAAAGGGUAGUGUUACAAGAUUGGGCAGUGCUGGUGGAGCUUUGGUUGAAACUUUCCCAAGUGGGUGUUUGACAUUGGACUGUGCUUUAGGUGGUGGUCUUCCUAAAGGAAGAAUUGUAGAGAUAUUUGGACCAGAAAGCAGUGGGAAGACUACCUUGGCUCUUCAUGCUAUUGCAGAAGUGCAGAAAUUAGGAGGCAAUGCAAUGCUUGUUGAUGCGGAGCAUGCAUUUGAUCCUGCAUAUUCUAAAGCAUUAGGAGUGGAUGUAGAAAAUUUGAUUGUGUGCCAACCUGAUCAUGGGGAGAUGGCUCUUGAGAUUGCAGACCGUAUGUGUAGAUCUGGUGCCAUAGAUCUCAUUUGUGUGGACUCUGUCUCGGCUCUCACUCCACGAGCUGAAAUUGAAGGGGAAAUUGGAAUGCAGCAAAUAGGAUUGCAAGCUCGUCUUAUGAGCCAAGCUUUGCGUAAGAUGUCUGGAAACGCCUCUAAAGCUGGUUGUACACUUAUAUUUUUGAAUCAAAUAAGAUAUAAGAUUGGUGUCUAUUAUGGAAAUCCAGAAGUGACUAGUGGUGGAAUUGCAUUGAAGUUCUUUGCGUCACUUCGGCUAGAAGUUCGUCCUAUAGGGAAGAUUAAGUCUGCAAAAGCAGAUGAAGAAAUUGGCCUUAAAGUACGCGUGAGAGUGCAAAAGAGCAAGGUAUCAAGGCCAUACAAACUAGCGGAAUUUGAAAUUAUAUUUGGAGAGGGAGUCAGUAAGCUGGGAUGCAUUCUAGAUUGUGCAGAAAUGAUGGAUAUUGUCUCAAAGAAGGGCUCUUGGUAUAGCUAUGGAGAUCAUCGGUUGGGACAGGGAAGGGACAAAGCACUGCAGUACUUGAAGGAGAACACACAUCUUGUAGAAGAAAUUGAAAAGGUAGUUCGGUCAUCAUUGAUUGAGGGAACUAGCCAAUCAAGCCUUGCAUACAUGAAGAGUAACCCAGUGCUCCAUCAAGAUGAAGAUAUAUUUGAGGAAAGUCGAUGAUGAGAGAAUUGUUUGGGUGAUAAAGUUAGAGAAGUUGGGAAAUUCUUUCUUUACGGAAAAUGGAAGAAAUGGAUUUAGCUAUGUUGAUUGGACCAAUUAUUGCCUCAUUCAUCCUGUUCCAUUGGUAAAUGUCAAGGAAAGUGAUGGCAUGAGAUAUACAGAAAAGUGUAAAAACUGUAACUUAAACGUUUGCGAAGGAAUAUUAAAUAAGUAGCAGAUUUUGUUUUCAUUUUUUCCUGGUGCGUGCAUUUUGUUUUCUAUUUGAGUCUUUGAUAUUGUCAGUGUUAGACAUUUUAAUCUUUUAAAUUUUAAAAUGUUUUCAAUGGUCUUGACAUUCAUCUUUGUAUAUCAAUCUAGUCCUGCCUAUUUCUCAUUAAGAAAUAGUAACGAAAUGUCACAUUAAAUGACAUAUGAUUGAUUGUGUGACAAAAUAGCAUUAUAUGAUAUAUAAUUUUCUUUCAUUCUC